AUGGAUCUGAAGAUUCGUGUAUACUGUUUGCUGACUGCCCUGGUUGCAGUUAAUAAUGUUCAAGGUAUGCUACAAUGUUAAUUUUAGACUUGGUAUAGGCCACUCGAUCGUGAGACCGAAGAAACUGGAAAUUAGAAAUCAUGCAUUAUUUUCUAUCAACCUUUUAAGCCGUUAUUGCGCAGUUAUCAAUUUAACUCAAGGUGAUAUCUUUGUGUAAAAUUUCCGGAAGUUGAUUUGAAAAGUUUUCCGCAUUGACGUGUCAUGUGGCAACCUCGUUGCAGGGCUGUUCCUUAGGAACAGAGCUCUUGGGAAGUGGUUUUCAAUUGCUCGGCGAGAGAGGGAUGACGGGAAGCGAGGGAGUGUUAUUGGCGAUAUCAAGACUGAAUAAUGCAAAUAUAAAAAAACUACACACACAUUGGUAAUUACUCUACCCCGUCUCAUAAAUUGCACAAAGAUUUUCAAGUUGUCAGCCAUUCUCUUAUCAUGCGUUAGCAAGGGAAGUUGAAACGUCGUGUUCGCGGAUUUCAAAGUCUAUUUCUUGGCCCAUCGCGUAGAAUCCCCAGUCCACGGAGGUCAACAAAAAAAUUUCCCGUCCGCGCUGGGGUUAGUGUUUUGUCUUUUUGCCGUGACAGUUAUAAAUGAAGAAGCAUACACGAAACAAAAAGAACAAGACGGUCAAAGAGGACUGGAAACAAGUUUGAAAAAUAACAAAGAUGGCGGACGGAGUCGAGAAGAAAUUUUUUUUGGCUUUCCAAGACGUUUUCUGGAAGUUUUCUUGGCGCUGUCUACCCAUCACGCGUUCAGGUCAAAUUCAAAGGAAAACAAAUCGUAUUCGUAUCGUAUUCCAUGGUUUAAAAGACUUUGGCGGUUUUAAAGGCAGACAAGAGAUGUCACGAUUUCAAGUGGUACCCUUCGCAAUUUCUGCUAACUUUGGUUUUAAUCUUUCCGUGAAAAUCUACGCACGCGAAAAUCCAUACAAAAAUGACGAAUUUUUGGUUCGUAUUUAGCGCAAAAAAAACAAACAAACAAACAAACAAAACAGUGAAAUCCGAUAAGCUGGCAUUAACCGAAGGUAAGAUCUUAAAUUUGAUGUUUCUCAUUUCUAUUCCGGUGGUACCCGUUAAGAAUUGGUUACGAGCAACUCACAAUCAGAGACAAAAAACCCCCAAAGUCGCUUCAGUCUUACUAUUCCGCCAUAUUUUAAAGACCAAAUCGUGGCUCGAAUGCGGCUCUAGUCUGUUAAAUUCCCGGAUGUGACCGGGCAUUGACGCGGCGGAGAAGGCGAAAUAUGUCCUGCUUUCUAGUUCUAAUAAAUAUACUAAUCAAGACCAUCAUCUUUGCACCUUGCCCAAGAACGAUCGUGGGCUUAAAAAUUCAAAAAUUGCAGCUUGCAGAAUUAGUAGGCUAUACAGGUUCCGGUUCUAGUGAGGAAACUAUUAAACUUAGGUUGGCUUAAUGCUGAACGAAGCUUUUAUGACUGAAAAGAUUUUAAAAAUGGGGAAAAUUCUCUACUAAAUAGGGAUUUGCGAAAUCAAACUACUUGUUCCCACUUUUGGGAGACGGCAGGAAUGAAGCUGCAUUAAGAAAACACAGAUGCAACUACAAAUAAAAAACCAGGGAAGAAAAAUAAAAGAAACAAACUGCACUCGUGCAAAGCAGUGCAAAAGUAUGACAGACCGAUAGGUAGUGGUGUCAGUUUGUUGGAGACCCUAAUAUACCAAAGUGAUGUAAUUAUUGAGAAUUUAGUUUCUAUAUGUUAUAGAUCUACACACGCAGCCUUUCCGGGAUGAGUUCAGAACUGAUGUUCAUUGUUAAUUAUUAACAAUGAACAUCAGUUCAGAACUCAUCCUGGAAAAAUUAAAUUAAAAGAUUUUGUCUAUUCGGUUUGGCUUAUCACAUUUUUAUGUUUUCUUUCUCUCAGACCUUAUGACAGUUGUGACUGGCCAGUAGGAAGUUGUCAGUUCUACAAGGUUCCCUGCCCACACGGCACAGUACGGUGCCCUGCCAAUGACAAAGGAUGCAAAUUGAAGACAAACUACUGCUGUUGUAACAAGGCAUCGGGUGAGUUAUUGAAAUAAAAUGGUCAAAAAAGUGGCGUCGAUGUUUGCUGGUAACCUGAAAGAACCCUGCAUGACAAUAUUCAACACACCAUGUCCAAAAGAUCUGGACAAAUCUCUAGAUUGAGAGAGCCAGAUAAAGGCUAAUUAUUUAAAUUUGCUCAUUUAUAUAAUCACAACGGUGACAAAAGUCCAUAACCACUUUUAGGGCCUGUUUACAUGGAGGUGGGGGACCCCAGAUAGGUGAGGUAACAUGUGGUGGGUCACCCCACCUAUAAUGUAAACGUGAUCAAAGUAAAAUGAGAGAUCAGUAUAUGAACAGACGGGUUACCCCACGGGUUACCUCACCUACCUGGGGUCCCCCACCCCCAUGUAAACAGGCCCUUAAUUUAUUAGUACUUAUCUUUAUCAAUUUAAUCGAAAUCUAUUCAUUUCUAUUACCAUUGUUAAAAUUCAAAUUAAAUUAAAAUUGCUUCGUAGUAAAUCCAAAACCUUUGCCUGAAUCUUAAUUAAGUUGAAUUUCCACUGACUUCUAUUACUUCCAUGAAUUAAAAUAAUUUUACGUAGAUUUGAUUUUUCUCAUUUAAUGGCUUUUAAGUAACUACUAAACCCACUCCUAAACCAACAACGACAUCUGAACCUACAACAACGCCGCCUGAACCCACGACAACGCUGCCAACGACGAAGCCGCCUCACCCAUAUGCAUGUGACUGGCCGGUUGGAAAAUGUGGGUACUACUUGCAUCCUUGCCCACCAAACAUGAUACGCUGCCCACACAAUGACAAAGGGUGUGGUAAGCCAACUCACUGCUGUUGCUACAGGUUCCCACCAAGUAAGUUAUUAACGACUAGCAGUAAGUAUUUGUAACUAUAAAAAUUGAGACAUUUUUAUCUGAUCAUAUUGUAUCAGUCACAUAAACUAAAUCACGCUGAUCAGUUUACGAGAGAAACUAUUAUUUUAUUGUUAAAAUGUGCAAACUAUUGCCAAACAAGAUGAGAUGAAUAUCACUUUGGUGGAAAUAUACAAAGAAAUGCAUCGGGAGAAAUUUGGGGUUUGGAAAUAGCCCCGAUCCACAGUUUCCUUUCGAAGUGUUUGUUUCUUUAUCUGUGGUGCUGAAACGUGCUUAAAUUUAUUCAAGCAUGCUUAGUUUCUUAUACUACAAAUACGUGCCCUCAAAGAGAAUCUGGUAAUUUUUUUACACCAAGGACUGGUGGUAUUUCAAAGUUGAGAGAGAAUUUACAUUUAACAUGUUUAGUGAAAAGUUAGAAACAUAGGCAGUCAGUGUGGAAGAAAAUUCGAAAAAUAGCAAAUCAGUAACAGACACUAGUAUAAUGCUAUGUGUCGAAAGUACUGCCGAAACGCUUUUUUUCCGGAAACUCAUACAACUGGAUUGUUGGCAUCGAGGAGGCAUCAAAUACCUGGAGAACUUAAGGGAAAAAAGAUAAAAGCCUAAUAUAUUCCUUCUUUUCACCCUGCAUGAUACUUUUGACAUCACAUUGAAGUUAAAUUACUGCUACUGCUAUUAAAAUCUUCAAUUUGUUAGGACCCAGCUCAGUGUUUAAACGUUGAAUAUAGCGCUUAAGCCACCGGGUAAAUCUCUAUCCUAGUGAAUAAGUGUUGGGGGAACCAUGCAUCUUGAAAAGAGAUUAAUCCAGCGGAUAGCGUUUUCCUCUGGGGAUAAAACUGGGGUGAGAAUUGUAUAAUUUUAUCUGAGUUCAUGAUCUGAUCUCUCCUAUCAUUUAAUUGUUUUAAAGCAACUACUGAGCCUACAACGAAGCCUACUCCUAAACCAACGACGAAGCCACCUAAACCUUCAACAAAACCUCCUCAUCCAUACGUGUGUGACUAUCCGGUUGGGUCUUGCUCGUACUAUAAAGAACCGUGCCCAUCAGGCACCAUACCCUGCCCUGACCGUGACAAAGGAUGUAAACUUAAAACAAAUCGCUGCUGCUGCAACCACAAGACUCCUCCUACAACCAAGCCUACUCCUAAACCAACGACGAAGCCACCUAAACCUUCAACAAAACCUCCUCAUCCAUACGUGUGUGACUAUCCGGUUGGGUCUUGCUCCUACUAUAAAGAUCCGUGCCCAUCAGGCACCAUACCCUGCCCUGGCCGCGACAAAGGAUGUAAACAUAAAACAAAUCGCUGCUGCUGCUACCACAAGACUCCUCCACCAAGUAAGUUAUCGACACUAACCAGUACGUAUACAUGAAGCGGAAUAUUUCAGUCAUAACUUAAACAGACAUGGCUUUCUUCUCGUACCCCACCUAAACGUAAUAGCGGUGGAUUUGAACUAGAAACUACUAGAAAAACUACUAAAAAAACCACUAAAAACUACUAGAAACUAGUAAGACAGACCUAAUGAAAAAUAAUUUAUGCAGCUAGCUGCAACUUACCUUGGAUGGGAAUACACAAAAUUGCAUGCUGAAAAAUUAUAGCUCGGCGGGCUGAAAGAGUUUCUGUUUACGUUAUUGAAUUAGUUACAUGGAGUCAUACUCGGAUCCGUCUUCAACAUUUUUGGAUCAAAGCGAGCUGAAAUUAAAACGAAGUGUCCUCCGUCACUUUUUCUUAAACAACGACCACAAGAGAUACUCUUGCAGAUCUUAAAAACAAAUAUUGAACGACCUCUGAUUCUUCUCAAUAUUUUGUCACACACACGAUGAAUUUCAAGCUGAUCAAACAACUCAAAAGUAACGUUUUAGAAAAUCAAACACUCUCCAGUAUCCGCUUAUGGUAUCAGAACAUUUAAAUUAAUGACGAAUUUCCAGUCUGACUACCUAUUAAAUUUUUUCCAAAGUUUAAAAUUUGACAUUUCUCUCUUUCUCUCUAAUUGCAAUUGCUUCAAAGUGACUACUAAACAUUCACCAAAACCUAAAUUUGACGUACUUUCCUCUUCUAUUAGUUUCUUUUGUUAAGUAUCAUUUCAUCUUAAUUUGACUUUCCUCUGAUUAUUUAUUGAUUCACAGCAACUACUAAGCCUACUCCUCAACCAACGACGAAGCCACCUAAACCUUCAACAAAACCUCCUCAUCCAUACGGGUGUGACUAUCCGGUUGGGUCUUGCACGUACUACAAAGAUCCGUGCCCAGCAGGCACCGUACCCUGCCCAGGCAACGACAAAGGAUGUAAACUUAAAACAAAUCGCUGCUGCUGCUACCACAAGACUCCUCCACCAAGUAAGCUAUUGACACCAACCACAGAAUAUUUCAUUGUAAUUGAAAAGAGACAUGCCUAAUUUUCUUAAUCUGAUUAUUGCCGUUUCAUUUAUUUUUGCGAAAAGCAACUACAAAACCUACACCUAAACCAUACGGGUGUGACUGGCCGAAUGGGUAUUGCUCGUACUAUAAAGAUCCGUGCCCAGCAGGCACCAUACCCUGCCCUGGCAACGACAAAGGAUGUAAACUUAAAACAAAUCGCUGCUGCUGCUACCACAAGACUCCUCCACCAAGUAAGCUAUUGACACCAACCACAGAAUAUUUCAUUGUAAUUGAAAAGAUACAUGCCUAAUUUUCUUAAUCUGAUUAUUUUCGUUUCAUUUAUUUUUGCGAAAGCAACUACAAAACCUACACCUAAACCCACGACAAAGCCACCUCAUCCUCCGAAGAAUGUAUGCGAUUGGCCGGUUGGAACUUGUACCUAUAAAUACGACCCAUGUCCACCAGACUGGGAACGCUGCCCUCAGUAUGAUUAUGGAUGUAAACUUGCAACAAAUCACUGUUGUUGCCGCAAGAAGACGCCGCCAGGUAAGUAGUACUUUAGCUUUUCUUAUCAAACUACAUUCCCUUGCAAAAAUAAAGAGAAUACAAAACAUGAAAAACCAAACUGAAUGCUUUUUAUUCCAUUUAUUUUACAAAAGAAGAGUUAAAAGUUGGGCAACAUCAUCUACCAACAUUAAAAUUUUAAUUCUUUUUUUAUUAUUUUUGUAUAUAAUGAUUAAGUUUAAAACACUGAGAUAAAUUAAAAUUCGCGCGACGAAGAAAAUUUAACAACAAAAGCGUCACUGAGAAAAUGUUUUGCUUAGAACAUCAUAGGGUAGAAUUAUUGGGAAAAAAGAAAAUAACUAAAAAUCGAAAGAAAAAUAGAAGUUUGCCUUUGUAUCCAAGUUUAAUGCUCUAUUCUGCUUGUUUUUCUAGCAAUUAAUAAAGAUGAAAUUAAUACAUUUGUUACUAUUAAAGUUUAUUCAGUGAUCUUAACAUUUUUCCUAAAAUACUUUUGACUUAUUUGUUUUAAAGUGACUACCAAACCUCCACAUAAGCCCAAGACAACGCCACCUCAUCCUCCAAAGAAUGUUUGCGAUUGGCCGGUUGGAACUUGUACCUAUAAAUACGACCCAUGUCCACCAGACUGGGAACGCUGCCCUCAGUAUGAUUAUGGAUGUAAAGUUAAGACAAAUCACUGUUGUUGCCGCAAGAAGACACCACCAGGUAAGUAGUUGUUUAAGCUCUUCUUAUCAAAUUGCAUUCCCCUUUCAAAAUAAAGAGAAUACAAAGCAUGAAAAACCACACUGAAUGGUUUUUAUCUCAUUUAUUUUACAACAAAAGAGUUGAACAUAGGCAACAUCAUCUACCAACAUUAAAAUUUUAAUUUUCUCUUUUUUUUGAAGGUUAUAUAUGAUGAUUAAGUUUGAAACACUGAGAUAAAUUAAUAUUCGUGCGACGGAGAAGAAUUUCAACAACAAAAGCGUAACUGAGAAAAUGUUUUGCUUAAAAGGUCAUAGAGUAGAAUUAUUGGAAAAAAAGAAAAAAACAAAAAACAGAAAGAAAAAUAGAAGCUUGUUUUUCUAUCAAUUGAUCGCUAUGAAAUUAAUACAUUUGUUACUAAGUUUAUUCAUCUAAAUAUUUUUCCUUAUAUACGUUUUACUUAUUUGUUUUAAAGUGACUACUAAACCUACACCUAAGCCCAAGACAACGCCACCUCAUCCUCCGAAGAAUGUAUGCGAUUGGCCGGUUGGAACUUGUACCUAUAAAUACGACCCAUGUCCACCAGACUGGGAACGCUGCCCUCAAUAUGAUUAUGGAUGUAAAGUGAAGACAAAUCACUGUUGUUGCCGCAAGAAGACGCCGCCAGGUAAGUAGUUGUCUUAGGUCUUCUUAUCAAAUUACAUUCCUUUGCGGGAAUGAAGAGAAAACAGAGCAUGAAAAACCAAUUUGAAUGCUUUUCAGGUCAUCCUUUUACAACAGAAGAGUUGAAGAUGGGGCAAACAUCAUCUACCAAAAUUUUAAUUUUCCUUUUUUUUAUAGUAAUACAUGAUGAUUAAGUUUAAAACACUGAGAUAAAUUAAAAUUCUAGAGACGGACAAAAAAUCAACAACAGAGAAGGUUCCUAACAAAGGUUUUUCUUUAAAGGUCCUAGGGUGGAAUUUGUGGAAAAAAAGAAAAUAACAAAAAACAGAAAGAAAAAUGGAAGUUUGCCUUUGUAUUCAAGUUUAAUAAACUAUUCUUCUUGUUUUAAUAUCAAUUGAUAACGAUGAAAUUAAUACAUUUGUUACUAUAAAGUUUAUUCAUGUAAUAUUAUUAUCUUUUUAUUUAUUUGUUAUAAAGUGACUACGAAACUUCCUUGUAAGCCCAAGACAACGAAGGUUGCCUUUGUAUCCAAGUUUAAUAAACUAUUCUGCUUGUUUUUCUAUCUAUUGGUAGCGAUGAAGUUAAUACAUUUGUUACUAAGUUUAUUCAUGUAAAUAUUUUUUCUUAUAUCCUUUUUUACUUAUUUGUUAUAAAGUGACUACUAAACCUACACCUAAGCCCAAGACAACGCCACCUCAUCCUCCGAAGAAUGUAUGCGAUUGGCCAGUUGGAACUUGUACCUAUAAAUACGACCCAUGUCCACCAGACUGGGAACGCUGCCCUCAAUAUGAUUAUGGAUGUAAAGUUAAGACAAAUCACUGUUGUUGCCGCAAGAAGACGCCACCAGGUAAGUGGUUGUUUUUGGUUGUUCUUAUCAAAUUGCAUUCCCCUUGAAAAAUAAAGAGAAUACAAAGCAUGAAAAACCUCACUGAAUUGUUUUUAUCUCAUUUAUUUUACAACAAAAGAGUUGAACAUGGGGAAACAUCAUCUAGCAACCUUAAAAUUCUAAUUUUCCUUUUUUUUAAAAAAAUUAUAUAUGAUGAUUAUUAUGGGAUAAUUUAAUAUUCCUGCUACGGAGAAGAAAUUCAACGACAAAAGCGUCACUGAGAAAAUGUUUUUCUUGAAAGGUUAUAGGGUAGAAUUAUUGAAAAAAAAAGAAAACAAAAAACAAAAAACAGAAAGAAAAGUAGAAGUUUGCCUUUGUAUCCAAGUUUAAUAACUAUUCUGCUUGUUUUUCUAUCAAUUAUUGAUAACGAUGAAAUUACUACAUUUGUUACUAAGUUUAUUCAUCUAAAUAUUUUUCCUUAUAUACUUUCUUACUUAUUUGUUAUAAAGCGACUACUAAACCUACACCUAAGCCCAAGACAACGCCACCUCAUCCUCCGAAGAAUGUAUGCGAUUGGCCGGUUGGAACUUGUACCUAUAAAUACGACCCAUGUCCACCAGACUGGGAACGUUGCCCUCAGUAUGAUUAUGGAUGUAAAGUGAAGACAAAUCACUGUUGUUGCCGCAAGAAGACGCCACCAGGUAAGUAGUUGUCUUAGGUCUUCUUAUCAAAUUACAUUCCUUUGCGAGAAUGAAGAGAAAACAGAGCAUGAAAAACCAAUUUGAAUGUUUUUCAGGUCAUCCUUUUACAACAGAAGAGUUGAAGAUGGGGCAAACAUCAUCUACCAAAAUUAAAAUUUUCCCUUUUUUAUAGUAAUAUAUGAUGAUUAAGUGUAAAACACUGAGAUAAAUUAAAAUUCUAGAGACGGACAAAAAAUCAACAACAAAGAAGGUUCCUAACAAAGGUUUUUCUUUAAAGGUCCUAGGGUGAAAUUUGUGGAAAAAAAGAAAAUAACAAAAAACAGAAAGAAAAAUGGAAGUUUGCCUUUGUAUUCAAGUUUAAUAAACUAUUCUUCUUGUUUUAAUAUCAAUUGAUAACGAUGAAAUUAAUACAUUUGUUACUAAGUUUAUUCGUGUAAUUAUCUUUUUAUUUAUUUGUUAUAAAGUGACUACUAAACCUACACCUAAGCCCAAGACAACGCCACCUCAUCCUCCGAAGAAUGUAUGCGAUUGGCCGGUUGGAACUUGUACCUAUAAAUACGACCCAUGUCCACCAGACUGGGAACGUUGCCCUCAGUAUGAUUAUGGAUGUAAAGUUAAGACAAAUCACUGUUGUUGCCGCAAGAAGACGCCGCCAGGUAAGUAGUUGUUUUAGCUCGUCUUAUCAAAUUGCAUUCCUUUGCGGGAAUGAAGAGAAAACAGAGCAUGAAAAACCAAUUUGAAUGCUUUUAUCUCAGGUCAUCCUGAGUUGAAGCUUGGGCAAACAUCAUCUACCAAAAUUAAAAUUUUAAUUUUCCUUUUUUUUAUAGUAAUGUAUGAUGAUUAAGUUUAAAACACUGAGAUAAAGUAAAAUUCCCGCGACGGAGAAAAUUCAGGAACAAAAGCGUCACUGAGAAAAGGUUUUGCUUAAAAGGUCAUAGGGUAGAAUUUUUGGAAAAAAAUAAAAUAAAAUAAAAAAAAAAACAGAAAGAAUAAUGGAAGGUUGCCUUUGUAUCCAAGUUUAAUAAACUAUUCUGCUUGUUUUUCUAUCAAUUGAUAGCGAUGAAAUUAAAACAUUUGUUAGUAAGUUUAUUCAUCUAAAUAUUUUUCCUUAUAUACUUUUUCCUUCUUUGUUAUAAAGUGACUACUAAACCUACACCUGAGCCCAAGACAACGCCACCUCAUCCUCCGAAGAAUGUAUGCGAUUGGCCGGUUGGAACUUGUACCUAUAAAUACGACCCAUGUCCACCAGACUGGGAGCGCUGCCCUCAAUAUGAUUAUGGAUGUAAAGUGAAGACAAAUCACUGUUGUUGCCGCAAGAAGACGCCGCCAGGUAAGUAGUUGUCUUAGCUCUUCUUAUCAAAUUACAUUCCUUUGCGGAAUGAAGAAAAACAGAGCAUGAAAAACCAAUUUGAAUGCCUGUCAGGUCAUCCUUUUACAACAGAAGAGUUGAAGAUGGGGCAAACAUCAUCUACCAAAAUUGAAAUUUUAAUUUUUCUUUUUUAUAGUAAUAUAUGAUGAUUAAGUUUAAAACACUGACAUAAAUUCAAAUUCCAUCAACCGACAAAAAAUCCACGACAAAGAAGAUUACAAAGCAACGGUUUUUCUUUAAAGGUCAGAGGGUAGAAUUUUGGAAAAAAGGGAAACAAAAACAAAACAAAAACAAAAAAGGAAGUUUGCCUUUGUAUUCAAGUUUAAUAAACUAUUCUUCUUGUUUUAAUAUCAAUUGAUAACGAUGAAAUUAAUACAUUUGUUACUAAGUUUAUUCGUGUAAUUAUCUUUUUAUUUAUUUGUUAUAAAGUGACUACUAAACCUACACCUAAGCCCAAGACAACGCCACCUCAUCCUCCGAAGAAUGUAUGCGAUUGGCCGGUUGGAACUUGUACCUAUAAAUACGACCCAUGUCCACCAGACUGGGAACGUUGCCCUCAGUAUGAUUAUGGAUGUAAAGUUAAGACAAAUCACUGUUGUUGCCGCAAGAAGACGCCACCAGGUAAGUAGUUGUUUUCGCUAUUCUUCUCAAAUUGUAUUCCCCUUCCAAAAUAAAGAGAAUACAAAGCAUGAAAGACCAAACUGAAUGCUUUUUCUUUCAUUUAUUUUACAAGAAAAGAGUUGAACAUGGGGCAAGAUCAUCUAUUAACAUUAAAAUUUUAAUUUUCCCUUUUUUUAUGGUUAUAUAUGAUGAUUAAGUUUGAAAGACUGAGAUAAGGUAAAAUUCCCGCGACGGAGAAAAUUCAGCAACAAAAGCGUCACUGAGAAAAGGUUUUGCUUAAAAGGUCAUAGGGGAGAAUUUUUGGAAAAUAAAAAAAAAAAAAAAAAAAAAGAAAGAAUAACGGAAGGUUACCUUUGUAUCCAAGUUUAAUAAACUAUUCUGCUUGUUUUUUUAUCAAUUGAUAGCGAUGAAAUUAAUACAUUUGUUACUAAGUUUAUUCAUCUAAAUAUUUUUCGUUUUAUACUUUUUACUUAUUUGUUAUAAAGUGACUACUAAACCUACACCUAAGCCCAAGACAACGCCACCUCAUCCUCCGAAGAAUGUAUGCGAUUGGCCGGUUGGAACUUGUACCUAUAAAUACGACCCAUGUCCACCAGACUGGGAACGUUGCCCUCAGUAUGAUUAUGGAUGUAAAGUGAAGACAAAUCACUGUUGUUGCCGCAAGAAGACGCCGCCAGGUAAGUAGUUGUUUUAGCUCGUCUUAUCAAAUUGCAUUCCUUUGCGGGAAUGAAGAGAAAACAGAGCAUGAAAAACCAAUUUGAAUGCUUUUCAGGUCAUCCUGAGUUGAAGCUUGGGCAAACAUCAUCUACCAAAAUUAAAAUUUUAAUUUUCCUUUUUUUUAUAGUAAUGUAUGAUGAUUAAGUUUAAAACACUGAGAUAAAGUAAAAUUCCCGCGACGGAGAAAAUUCAGGAACAAAAGCGUCACUGAGAAAAGGUUUUGCUUAAAAGGUCAUAGGGUAGAAUUUUUGGAAAAAAAUAAAAUAAAAUAAAAAAAAAAAACAGAAAGAAUAAUGGAAGGUUGCCUUUGUAUCCAAGUUUAAUAAACUAUUCUGCUUGUUUUUCUAUCAAUUGAUAGCGAUGAAAUUAAAACAUUUGUUAGUAAGUUUAUUCAUCUAAAUAUUUUUCCUUAUAUACUUUUUCCUUCUUUGUUAUAAAGUGACUACUAAACCUACACCUGAGCCCAAGACAACGCCACCUCAUCCUCCGAAGAAUGUAUGCGAUUGGCCGGUUGGAACUUGUACCUAUAAAUACGACCCAUGUCCACCAGACUGGGAGCGCUGCCCUCAAUAUGAUUAUGGAUGUAAAGUGAAGACAAAUCACUGUUGUUGCCGCAAGAAGACGCCGCCAGGUAAGUAGUUGUCUUAGCUCUUCUUAUCAAAUUGCAUUCCUUUGCGGGAAUGAAGAGAAAACAGAGCAUGAAAAACCAAUUUGAAUGCCUGUCAUGUCAUUUUUUUGCAACAGAAGAGUUGAAGAUGGGGCAACAUCAUCUACCAAAAUUGAAAUUUUAAUUUUUCUUUUUUAUAGUAAUAUAUGAUGAUUAAGUUUAAAACACUGACAUAAAUUCAAAUUCCAUCAACCGACAAAAAAUCCACGACAAAGAAGAUUACAAAGCAACGGUUUUUCUUUAAAGGUCAGAGGGUAGAAUUUUGGAAAAAAGGGAAACAAAAACAAAACAAAAACAAAAAAGGAAGUUUGCCUUUGUAUCCAAGUUUUAUAAACUAUUCUGCUUAUUUUUCUAGCAAUUGAUAACGAUGAAAUUAAUACAUUUGUUACUAAGUCUAUAGAUGUAAAUACUUUUUCCUUAUAUGUUUUUUACUAUUUGUUAUAAAGUGACUACUAAACCUACACCUAAGCCCAAGACAACGCCACCUCAUCCUCCGAAGAAUGUAUGCGAUUGGCCGGUUGGAACUUGUACCUAUAAAUACGACCCAUGUCCACCAGACUGGGAACGUUGCCCUCAAUAUGAUUAUGGAUGUAAAGUUAAGACAAAUCACUGUUGUUGCCGCAAGAAGACGCCGCCAGGUAAGUAGUUGUCUUAGCUGUUCUGAUCAAAUUGCAUUCCUUUGCGGGAAUGAAGAGAAAACAGAGCAUGAAAAACCAAUUUGAAUGCCUGUCAUGUCCUUUUUUUUUUUCAAGAGAAGAGUUGAAGAUGGGACAACAUUAUCUACCAAAAUUAAAUUUUUAAUUUUCCUUUUUUUUGAUGGUAAUAUAUGAUGAUUAAGUUUAAAACACUGAGAUAAAUUAAAAUUCCAGGGAUGGACAAAAAAUGAACAACAAAGAUGGUUUAAAAGCAAAGGUUUUUCUUUAAAGGUUAUAUGGGUAGAAUUUUUGGAAAAAAAGAAAAUAACAAGAAACAGAAACAAAAACGGAAGUUUGCCUUUGUAUCCAAGUUUAAUAAACUAUUCUGCUUGUUUUUCUAUCGAUUGAUAGCGAUGAAAUAAAUACAUUUGUUACUAAGUUUAUUCAUCUAAAUAUUUUUUUCCUGAUAUACUUUUUACUUAUUUGUUAUAAAGUGACUACUAAACCUACACCUAAGCCCAAGACGACGCCACCUCAUCCUCCGAAGAAUGUAUGCGAUUGGCCAGUUGGAACUUGUACCUAUAAAUACGACCCAUGUCCACCAGACUGGGAACGCUGCCCUCAAUAUGAUUAUGGCUGUAAACUUGCAACAAAUCACUGCUGUUGUCGUAAGAAGCUGCCGCCAGGUAAGUUACUGUCAGUUAACUAAAGGUUUCUUUGUAACUGAACAACAGUCAUAGGUCAUCUUCUCUUAUACAACUCUUAUAACUAACAAUUAUUACCCGAGUGCGCGUUGGAUAUGAGAUGGUAGUUCGCCAACGAGGCGCCUAACGCUGGGUUGGCUAUAAUCAUCUCUUAUCCAACAACCGCGAGUGGAAUAAUUGUUUUAUUAAAUAUCGAGAAUUGCUCUCGACUUUAUUUAUAAAAACAACCGAUUUUCAGCUUGUUUUUAAUUUUGCGCAAACGCGUACAGUUAUCAUAUUUGGACAGCAUGGUAUAAUUAACAAUUAGUCGCCGAAGGUGACGUGAAUACCGGCGAAUAGUCACCGAGACGAAUGAUGAUUAUUCGAGGAAAUAAGAUUAUUGAUUAAUUUGCGACUCCGAAACACCAAAAAAUCUGGCUGCCAUUUUGAAAACUGCUAGCCUUGAAAGUUAUAAUCACCGCGCGGUGAUUAUAGCGAGAUAAAGCGAAGCUCCUAGCCAAUCAUAGCGCUCUAUUUUCGAUAAUGAUGAAUGUAAUUAUACCAAUGGCUCAUAAACUAUGAUUGCUAAGCCAAUCACAGCUCUAGAAUUGCAUUAUCCAAUGAUUCAGUUUUUGAUAAUAGGAAUUUUUAUAACGCAAGUGAAACAAGGCAUGAAAAAUUGUUAGUAAUUCAAAAUCACUCGGUUAAUUACUUCCAGUCCAAUCCAUUUCCGUUCUAAAACGAACAUAAAGACCACGUUGGAUUUUUUUUGUCGGUGAAAUUUCGUGUCAUCCUGUCAUUUUUCCAGAAAAAUAAUUUGAAAAAAAAAUUUGAGCAGGCAUGGAAACAUAACAGUUAUACGGAAAAAUAUAUAAAAUAUAAAUGUGACUGUUCUGCGACAGAACUUUGUAAUGCAGUGGUAAAAACUUUCUCCCCAUUCAAAAGGUAUCGUCUUAGCUUUUAUUACAUGAUAUUACCGUAAAUUGUUUUAAGCCCAAGUUGUUCAAGUCAAAUCUAUUUAAUUAAUUAGUUUAAAUUCAAUAUGGUUAUUUCACUUAUUCUUUUUGACAGUAACCACUGUAAAACCAACGACAUAUCCUACGACUACGCCGCCUCAAACUACAACCACCAAGCCGCUGUGUAUCUCUCCCCAUGGGACUUGUUCCUAUGCAUACCUUCCUUGUCCAUCAAACUCAGUACACUGCCCUCAUGAAGACAAAGGAUGUUAUAAGUCACCUUUGUAUAAAUGCUGUUGCAAGAUCCCACCACCAAGUAAGUUUUCAACACUAAAAUAUUAUUUCUCUUUAAUGGGAGAGAGGAAAAACAAUUCUUUUAAUGGGAAAAAGUUAAGGGGGCAUUCUUGUGCUUUUUGGGGGAGAAAUAAUGUUGAUUUGGGGAGGAAUAAAUUAGUGUAGGUAGUAGCAUGAUUUGUGGUGAUAUUUGGCAUAAAUACCACGAGUGAUAUUUCAAAAUUGUUAUACGAAAUUUCACGAGCCGUUAGGCGAGUGAAAUUUGAGACAAUUUUGAAAUGUCCCAAGUGGUAUUUAUGCCAAAUAUCAAGUGCAAAUCAUGCUAUUAUUUGUUUAUACUACUACCCACAAAAGGUUUGUAAUUUUCACAUGUAGGUAUUUCAAAUUAAGCUGAAACACCACUGCUCUGAGCCAAUCAAAUUGCAGAAAUUUCUAAGGUAGUAGUAUAAGGUUAGAAAUGGUAUACACAUAAAUCGGUUAGUCUGCUAAUGGGUUCAGAGCACCGUGUGGUGGUGGUUUACAUUCAACAACCCUCAAAUCUAAUAAUUUUGCAAUUUUCCACAAUUUUAAGCACCCUCCUAGCUCGAAAAAAAUAAUGCAAAAAUUCUCAAAGAAGUCAUUGAACCAAGAAAAUUUACUUAUUUAUUUUUAGAAAUGUAUUUUUUAAUUAUAAUCCAAUGGUUCAGUUUUUGCCAACAGGAAUUAUAACGCAAGUGAAACAAUGCAUGAAUAAUUGUUGGUUAUUCAAAAUCACUCGGUUAAUUACUUACAGUCUAAUCCAUUUCCGUUCUAAAACGAACAUAAAGACCACGUUGGAUAUUUUUGUCGGUAAAUUUUCCUGUCGUCCUUUCAUUUUUCUAGAACAAUAAUUUGAAAAACAAAUUCAGGCAUGGAAACAUAACAGUUAUACGGAAAAAUAUAUAAAAUAUAAAUGUGACUGUUCUGCGACAGAACUUUGUACUGCAGUGGUAAAACCUUUCUCCCCAUUCAAAACGUAUCGUCCUCGCUUUUAUUACAUGAUAUUACCGUAAAUUGUUUUUAAGCCCAAGUUGUUCAAGUCAAAUCUAUUUAAUUAAUUAGUUUAAAUUCAAUAUUGUUAUUUCACUUAUUCUUUUUGACAGCAACCACUGUAAAACCAACGACAUAUCCUACGACUACGCCGCCUCAAACUACAACCACCAAGCCGCUGUGUAUCUCUCCCCAUGGGACUUGUUCCUAUGCAUACCUUCCUUGUCCAUCAAACUCAGUACACUGCCCACAUGAAGAUAAAGGAUGUUAUAAGUCACCUUUGUAUAAAUGCUGUUGCAAGAUCCCACCACCAAGUAAGUUUUCAACACUAAAAUAUUAUUUCUCUUUAAUGGGAGAGAGGAAAAACAAUUCUUUUAAUGGGAAAAAGUUAAGGGGGCAUUCUUGUGCUUUUUGGGGGAGAAAUAAUGUUGAUUUGGGGAGGAAUAAAUUAGUGUAGGUAAUAGCAUGAUUUGUGGUGAUAUUUGGCAUAAAUACCACGAGUGAUAUUUCAAAAUUGUUAUACGAAAUUUCACGAGCCGUUAGGCGAGUGAAAUUUGAGACAAUUUUGAAAUGUCACAAGUGGUAUUUAUGCCAAAUAUCAAGUGCAAAUCAUGCUAUUAUUUGUUUAUACUACUACCCACAAAAGGUUUGUAAUUUUCACAUGUAGGUAUUUCAAAUUAAGCUGAAAUACCACUGCUCUGAGCCAAUCAAAUUGCAGAAAUUUCUAAUGUAGUAGUAUAAGGUUAGAAAUGGUAUACACAUAAACCGAUUAGUCUGCUAAUGGGCUCAGAGGCACCGUCUGGUGGUGGUUUACAUUUAACAACCCUCAAAUCCAAUAAUUUUGCAAUUUUCCACAAUUUUAAGCACCCUCCUAGCUCGAAAAAAAUGAUGCAAAAAUUCUCAAAGAAGUCAUUGAACCAAGAAAAUUUAUUUAUUUAUUUUUAGAAAUUUAUUUUUUAAUUAUAAUCCAAUGGUUCAGUUUUUGCUAACGGGAAUUAUAACGCAAGUGACACAAAGCAUGAAUAAUUGUUGGUUAUUCAAAAUCACUCGGUUAAUUACUUCCAGUCUAAUCCAUUUCCGUUCUAAAACGAACAUAAAGACCACGUUGGAUAUUUUUGUCAGUAAACUUUCCUGUCAUCCUGUCAUUUUUCUAGGACAAUAAUUUGAAAAAGAAAUUCAGGCAUGGAAACAUAACAGUUAUACGGAAAAAUAUAUAAAUAUAAAUGUGACUGUUCUGCGACAGAACUUUGUACUGCGGUGGUAAAACCUUUCUCCCCAUUCAAAACGUAUCGUCCUCGCUUUUAUUACAUGAUAUUACCGUAAAUUGUUUUUAAGCCCAAGUUGUUCAAGUCAAAUCUAUUUAAUUAAUUAGUUUAAAUUCAAUAUUGUUAUUUCACUUAUUCUUUUUGACAGCAACCACUGUAAAACCAACGACAUAUCCUACGACUACGCCGCCUCAAACUACAACCACCAAGCCGCUGUGUAUCUCUCCCCAUGGGACUUGUUCCUAUGCAUACCUUCCUUGUCCAUCAAACUCAGUACACUGCCCACAUGAAGAUAAAGGAUGUUAUAAGUCACCUUUGUAUAAAUGCUGUUGCAAGAUCCCACCACCAAGUAAGUUUUCAAGACUAAAAUAUUAUUUCUCUUUAAUGGGAGAGAGGAAAAACAAUUCUUUUAAUGGGAAAAAGUUAAGGGGGCAUUCUUGUGCUUUUUGGGGGGGAAAUAAUGUUGAUUUGGGGAGGAAUAAAUUAGUGUAGGUAAUAGCAUGAUUUGUGGUGAUAUUUGGCAUAAAUACCACGAGUGAUAUUUCAAAAUUGUUAUACGAAAUUUCACGAGCCGUUAGGCGAGUGAAAUUUGAGACAGUUUUGAAAUAUCCCAAGUGGUAUUUAUGCCAAAUAUCAAGUGCAAAUCAUGCUAUUAUUUGUUUAUACUACUACCCACAAAAGGUUUGUAAUUUUCACAUGUAGGUAUUUCAAAUUAAGCUGAAAUACCACUGCUCUGAGCCAAUCAAAUUGCAGAAAUUUCUAAGGUAGUAGUAUAAGGUUAGAAAUGGUAUACACAUAAAUCGGUUAGUCUGCUAAUGGGUUCAGGGCACCGUGUGGUGGUGGUUUACAUUCAACAACCCUCAAAUCCAAUAAUUUUGCAAUUUUCCACAAUUUUAAGCACCCUCCUAGCUCGAAAAAAAUGAGGCAAAAAUUCUCAAAGAAGUCAUUGAACCAAGAAAAUUUAUUUUUUUUUUUUAGAAAUUUAUUUUUUAAUUAUAAUCCAAUGGUUCAGUUUUUUCUAACAGGAAUUAUAACGCAAGUGAAACAAUGCAUGAAUAAUUGUUGGUUAUUCAAAAUCACUCGGUUAAUUACUUACAGUCUAAUCCAUUUCCGUUCUAAAACGAACAUAAAGACCACGUUGGAUAUUUUUGUCGGUAAAUUUUCCUGUCGUCCUUUCAUUUUUCUAGAACAAUGAUUUGAAAAACAAAUUCAGGCAUGGAAACAUAACAGUUAUACGGAAAAAUAUAUAAAAUAUAAAUGUGACUGUUCUGCGACAGAACUUUGUACUGCAGUGGUAAAACCUUUCUCCCCAUUCAAAACGUAUCGUCCUCGCUUUUAUUACAUGAUAUUGCCGUAAAUUGUUUUUAAGCCCAAGUUGUUCAAGUCAAAUCUAUUUAAUUAAUUAGUUUAAAUUCAAUAUGGUUAUUUCACUUAUUCUUUUUGACAGCAACCACUGUAAAACCAACGACAUAUCCUACGACUACGCCGCCUCAAACUACAACCACCAAGCCGCUGUGUAUCUCUCCCCAUGGGACUUGUUCCUAUGCAUACCUUCCUUGUCCAUCAAACUCAGUACACUGCCCACAUGAAGAUAAAGGAUGUUAUAAGUCACCUUUGUAUAAAUGCUGUUGCAAGAUCCCACCACCAAGUAAGUUUUCAACACUAAAAUAUUAUUUCUCUUUAAUGGGAGAGAGGAAAAACAAUUCUUUUAAUGGGAAAAAGUUAAGGGGGCAUUCUUGUGCUUUUUGGGGGAGAAAUAAUGUUGAUUUGGGGAGGAAAUAAAUAAGGGUAGAAAUGGUAUACACAUAAACCGAUUAGUCUGCUAAUGGGCUCAGAGGCACCGUCUGGUGGUGGUUCACAUUCAACAACCCUCAAAUCCAAUAAUUUUGCAAUUUUCCACAAUUUUAAGCACCCCCCUAGCUCGAAAAAAGUGAUGAAGAAAUUCUCAAAGAAGUCAUUGAACGAAGAAAAUUUAUUUAUUUUUUAAUUUAUUUUUAGAAAUUUAUUUUUUAAUUAUAUCUUGGACGCGAAUCUAUUACGAAAUUAAUGUAUGACUAGAUUAAAGGGCUUUUUUAGAAAAUCGAUCUCUUUUAGUUUAAUUGAACCCCUUUUAGAUACAUUAUCAUGACGGCGAUUGAUUCCACAUUUUGGACUCCAACCUAUACUGUAACUGUGUCAUCUUUUCUUAUACUGGGGACGCAAGCGAUUCUUAGCUCUAUGCAUAGACGGGGGGAGGAAGGGGGGCAACUUUUUUUUAGAAAAGUCGUUAAUUUUACCUUAAACAUAGUAAUCAUAUAAUUUCAUUUACGCAGUUGAUAAAGGGAGACGGGCUUUAGAUGGGAACGGACGAGGAAAGAGAAAAUAAAUAGCCCUCUUUAAGAGUACUGAAAAGAAGGCUUCGUUUGAAUGUUCUAUAGCUGUAUGCUACUGAGAAAUUUUUUACGCUAUGGAGACUCUGACACCAAAUACGUUUCUAACAGACAAAGAAAACUAAAAAGGUAUUAAAUAGCUUUUUUAAAUUCAAACAACAAAUUGCAGUUCGUCUUUUAUCUACACUGAAUAUAUCUUGCUUCUUCCCGGGAAAACAUUGUAUAAAAGUUGAAUAAAUUACAGCAACUUUUUCUUAUAUUCAUUGUUUUUUUUUUUCAUUUUUCCUUUUUCAUUUUUUUUCUAGCAACACCUAAACCCACCACACAGCCACCCAAACCCACGACUAAACCUCCGCCAGGUAAGUAAUAUUAGCCCUCUUGAAUAGCAGAAUACGAAAAAAUCAUCAGCGUGUAGAGUUAAAGGAAGCCGAAUAAUAAUAAUAAUAAUAAUAAUGAUAAUGAUAAUACUGAUAAUGGUAAUAAUAAUAAUAAUAAUAAUAAUAAUAAUAGUAAUAAUAAUUAGAAUUAUAAUUAGUAAUGGUAACAGGACUGAGUGGAGGCCAAUUCGGUCUGUAAUCAUACGAGUGAUUAACAAAAUCGGACGACCGCGUAGCGGGAGUCCGAUUUGUUUAAUCACGAGUAUGAUUACAGACCGAAUUGGACGACACGAAGUUCUGUUACCAAUUAAUCAUAACUUUAACAAAAUUUGUGAUAUAUUAGGCUCUUUUUUUAAUCAAAACACAAGAAAUUCCGAGAUUUUUUUGCUAGCAGUGAAAAAAAAAGCCAUAUAAGCGCGCGCGUGAUGGCGCGUGCUGUCCAAUUACCAAUUACUUAGGCAUGACGCGUACUGUCCUAUUUAACUGUCCUAUUAAGGCUGAAAUCAGGGCAGUUGAUAGCCAAUCAGAUUUAAGAAUUUUGUUAUAGUUAUGAUUAUAAUAUAAUAAUUGUAAUUAUAAGAAGAAGAAGAAGAGGAAGAAAGAGGAGAAGGAGAAAGGAAAUUUAAGGCCUCGGGACGAGACCAGACUAAAAGUAGAAAAUGUUGUUGUUUCCAGGACAAAGAACACCUGUGGGAAUUAGAAAUAAUUAUUCAUCUGAGAGGUCGAUCAGAUUACAAGGACCACCAGUAAUUUUGUAACGGAUGUAAUAAGCAAGAGAAUAGAAUUCUCACAUUGAUGGUACUAACAUUUUUGUACUUUUUUUCUGCCAGUAUGUGGUGGUCCACUGAAAGCAUCAUGGGGGGUCAUCAAAUCUCCAAAUUUCCCUUACAAGUACCCUGAAUACGCGGUCUGUAGAUGGAUAACCUAUGUUACACGAAAAGAGAAGCUCAUCCUCCAGUUUAAGUACUUCGCACUAGCACCGUAAGUAUUAAACUAGUAAUAACCAAAGGUUACGGAGUGCGGGCGACAACGAUCGCCGAAGCAAAACGCUUUUGCUCCAACGCUGUGCUUUGCGUAAGUUUCACGUGACAGAUGGUCAAAACACGCGUAAUCAGAUUACGAGUGAUAGAAGGUCCAAAUUGGACAGUUUGCCUAUUUGUAAAGGAAAGUCUUAUCUGAAACAAUCCAAAUUAAUCUUUCAUUGGACAGUUCGUAAAAAUUAAAGGAUAAUCGCUUUGCUGCCAAUAUCGGAUCAACUAAUAGCUAUAUAAUAAAGAAGAGAAUGUCAAAAGUACCGUAACCACUGGAAGACUGAAACAUACUAGUGUUCGGAAAACGACACAAAGUCGCACGUAACGUGCAGGAAAACUUAAGUCAAGUCAGGGGUCAAUAUUUUAUGAAGCUUGCGCUUGUGCUGCGUACUUUUAUUAAAAAAAAUUAUUAUAAAACAAAAAAUAAAAAACUCUUGUUGCAUAAGGGAGCAGCGAAAGAUAGCUCAAGAUAUAAAUUAAUCUUUCUUGUAUUCUUCUAGGAGAAUUUAGACUAAUUGCAACUUUUGUUGUUUCCUUUUUUUAGGUGCGACUUCCUUUUAAUCUCAGAUGGCGACAAGAUACUCAAAAUUACCAACGGCUUUAAAGUCAGUCGAUGCUACGGAUACGGAUGCUAUCACGAUGAACCGUCGCCCUACGACGAGUUUGAAAGCGAUAAUGUGGAUGAUGACUUUUAUUACUACGACGUUGAAAAACUAAAUGAAGACGAUGAUGGAUGGAAGGCCUUCUGGGUUAGUAAACGUCGCCGUCUCAUUAUCGUUCGAGGUGGGAACCGCCAUGUAGUCAUCAAGUUUAAAUCCAAGGGAUGUGGAAGCGCAAAAGGGUUCAGUGUUCGCUACGAUAAGAAAAGAUCCCGAGGUGAGUUUUUCUUUUGAACCAACCUAGACAUAGCAUAAGUUUGAGCCCAAUCAUUUGAUAGAUUUCAGAAUAGCUAUAAGCCUUUUGCAGGCAUUCUGAUAGUGGAGCAUGUGGUGUUGCCUGCGGUCUGGGACUAGCUGGGGAUCACAUGGUCUAGUGAACUUAACUUGUUGUAGUCAGCACGAUUAAUGCCGUGGAAAUUCCCCUUUUGUUCUCUUCGCCGUCUGCUUAAAUGUCAGAAAACUCAGCAAUCUUACACGUGAGGAGUCACCGUCGUUUGUUUGUCUACUUGAUUCUUUAGCGGUCAUUUUGUACGCUCUUUACAAGACUUAUCUUCACUGUUCGCUACCGAUACAACACCCUGUGCUUUAGCAUGACGACAGCCUUCAACACAAGGUGUUCCCGCUGAACAGGAUAUACCGCCAAAAUUGUGAAAGUCCUAAACCUUCCGAUUACGCCAGUGCUAAUUUGACAACAAGAAAGACUGAAGGUCUUCAGUUUAAGCGAAAAAAAGUCUGAAGACCUUGAACAGAUUACGGACUGGCCAAGUCCUAGUCCAGAGUGUUAACCUUACAAUAACCUCGCGGUAAUCAUAGAAAAAUGUCGGGGCAACUCGUCAGGAAAUUUCUAAAAAUGGAGCCCGGUGGGCGUGACUGAAAGUCAUUUUUUGAUGGGCAAAUUCAAAAAAUCCGUUCGGUAACAAAUUUGUAAAAAUAGUUUCCAAAAUGUUUUCGGCUCAAAGUCUUUAAAUGUCCCCCAAUAGCGGUACCUUUUGCAGCUCAUAGUGGCAAUUGAAUCAUUAUAAAUCACUCUAAGGUGGAGACAACGUCACAAAUUGUAACCCCUAAAGGCUUCGACGAAUAGCCCCAUCAUUUUCAAAGGGUGUACCGGCGUACCUCCAAUAAAAGGUACGACUGACGAAUAGCUUCGUCUCUUUUAUAGGGAGUACCCACGAAUAAACCACACUGGCAUGGUGGGUUAACCAACAUUGCUUAGGAAAUUAAUACAGCACAAAACUUAUUAUGCGCUGCAUUGAUUUAUUGUCUUCUUCUUUAUUUAUCGUUCUUUUAUAUUUUCAUUUUAGGUUCGAGCUCGGACUCUGAUGAGGAACAGUGAAGACGCUUAAUGCAGUCAAAACAUUGCUUUCGGAGAAAAAUAGUUUUCUUUCUAUUUGGUUAUCAUUAUUAAGCUCACAAAAGUAUUUAAUUCAAGGGAAGUACUAUUUACUUUGUAGAAGAAAUUAUCAAUUAAACAUAACCGCUUAAGUGCAUGUUAACCCUCAUUUUCAGCGAAGUAUCAUUUUUAUUUAUGUACGAAGGGUGGUUCUUUAAUAACAACUCAGCAAAUAAUCUGCGAGCAAGCUCUCUAUUUGGGGCUGUCACGAGAAAUCACGCGAGAAUAGCACGCGAAAGGGGACGCCAGUGCAUAAAGAGCUUUCUCGGGCAGGCUAAGCAAACAGCUUGAAGGAUAUGCUGUUAAGAUUUAACAGAUGCACGCGUGAUCAGCUAUCAGAUUGCUGCAAAAGAGAAACACGCCCUGUCGAAAAGGUUAACGAGAGUGUUGUCAUUGUAUUUCACUUUUGUGAUUUGCUUUUCGCCGUGCUGUUUCGCUCUCAUCCAGCAGCCUGUUUUAUGGAGC